UGAUGGUAAAAAUUAAGAGGAAAAUAAGAGAAAGGAACCAAACUCAGGAAAAGCAAUAUACCUGAAGAGUGAUAAAGUAUCACAUAGUGCCUCACAGACCACUUCCUACAUGUUGAAUAGGAACCUCUUUCUAGUCUUUCUUCAUAAUUCAUUUCACAGCAUACCAUUUAUUAAGAUUUUUUAAAUGCAACUCAUGAUGAAUACAAAUUGUGAAAAGUUCAGACUUUUUAAAUGUCUACCAGAGCAAGUCAUAGUGAUGGUAAAAUAUAAGUAUUCAACAUCAAAGUUUUUCUAUAUUACCAUUCUCCUUUAUAUUCAUUGACAACUUCUGAAUUAGAAAAGUCAAUAUCUGAUGUCUUGUAUCUUCUGCAGUUCAGCCAUUAUUAACAGAACUCAAAACAUUUGAGGUUCUCAGCUAAAUUUUGAAGCCUGUUAAAUUUGAAGUUGGCCUGAAACUUUUGCUCAAAGUGAAUUACCCCUAUUUUAUUUAGGGUUUUUGCCUAUUGCAACUGAUUUUCCUUUAUCCACAGCUAUUCUACAUAAUGUUAUGCAGUGUUUGGUUGAAUCCUUAACACUUUUCUUCCACCUUCCCUGCAUGUAGUUUGUACUUUUUACAGUUUGGGGUUCCUGUGUGGAUUUGAUUUGCCACAUUCCGGGACCUCAUUGCAAGUGAUUCUGUUCCCCAGUUUGAUGAUGUUCAAAGAAGCAGGGCACACUUAAUCACUGAGACUCAGCAUUUCAGCAGUUUGCAAAGGAAAGUGAUAUGAAGGGACAGCUGCAAGUAAGCCACAACCUAGAUCUGAAGAGAUCAAGAACUCAUUUCACUUGGAGGAAAGAAAGAAGGAAGGAAGCCGAGGACUUAGCAGGGUAUCACUGGACAGGCCAUGGCUCCACGGUCCUGGCGACGAAGGCACAAGAAACCUCCCUCAUCAGUGGCUCCCAUCAUCAUGGCCCCAACCACAAUUGUGACCCCUGUGCCUCUGACCCCCUCAAAACCUGACCCUAGCAUUGACACACUUGGCUUCUUCUCCUUGGAUGAUAAUGUUCCUGGCCUAUCGCAGCUGAUCCUUCAAAAGCUGAACAUGAAAAGCUAUGAAGAAUAUAAGUUGGUGGUAGAUGGGGGUACCCCCGUAUCAGGCUUUGGAUUUCGAUGUCCUCAAGAAAUGUUCCAGAGGAUGGAAGACACAUUUCGAUUCUGUGCUCACUGUAGAGCACUCCCUAAUGGGCUUUCAGACUCCAGGGUUCUCCGGCACUGUAAGAGGUGCAGAAAUGUCUAUUACUGUGGUCCAGAGUGCCAGAGGUCAGACUGGCCCGCACACAGGAGGGUUUGUCAAGAGCUUCGUCUUGUGGCUGUGGACCGUCUCAUGGAAUGGCUUCUGGUCACAGGUGAUUUUGUCCUACCCUCAGGACCUUGGCCAUGGCCACCUGAAGCUGUACAGGACUGGGACUCCUGGUUUUCUAUGAAGGGGUUACACCUAGAUGCUACAUUGGAUGCUGUGCUAGUUAGUCAUGCCGUGACCACCUUAUGGGCCAGUGUAGGACGGCCAAGGCCAGACCUGGAUGUCCUGCAGGGAUCUUUGAAGCGGCUGCUGACAGAUGUCCUGUCACGGCCCUUGACUCUAGGCCUAGGACUUAGGGCCUUGGGGAUAGAUGUUAGGAGGAUUGGGGGAAGCACAGUGCAUGUGGUUGGUGCUUCCCAUGUGGAGACAUUUCUUACUCGCCCAGGGGACUAUGAUGAGCUUGGUUACAUGUUUCCUGGGCACCUUGGACUCCGUGUGGUCAUGGUGGGUGUAGACGUAGCUACUGGCUUUUCACAGAGCACCUCAACUUCACCCCUGGAACCUGGCACAAUUCAGCUUAGUGCCCACAGGGGCCUCUACCAUGACUUCUGGGAGGAGCAAGUAGAGACCGGGCAGACACACCAUCCAGAUUUGGUGGCGGCAUUCCAUCCAGGUUUCCAUUCCUCCCCAGACUUGAUGGAGGCUUGGCUGCCCACCCUGCUGCUACUUCGUGACUAUAAGAUUCCUACAUUGAUUACUGUUUACAGCCAUCAGGAGUUGGUAUCCUCUUUGCAGAUUCUGGUGGAACUGGAUACACACAUCACUGCCUUUGGGGCUAAUCCUUUCAUGUCCCUCAAACCUGAACAGGUCUAUUCCAACCCCAACAAGCAGCCAGUAUACUGCAGUGCAUACUAUAUCAUGUUUCUUGGAAGCUCCUGUCAGCUGGAUAAUAGGCAAUUAGAAGAGAAAGUGGAUGGUGGGAUUUAAAUAGAUCAUGAAUGGACAUCUGGAAAAUGUGGAGGUUGUGAUGAAAUUACCCUGCUAAUGCCAGGUUCUUGCAAACUUUGAAAAACAUUAUAUUCUAGACCUCAUUCACUGUUUGGGUAAAAAUUCUAAGCUGAAUUGAGAGUUUCUGUAUAACAUAACUAGUUUCUUUCUUUUUUUGAGAUGGAGUCUUGCUCUGUUGCCCAGGCUGGAGUGCAGUGGCGCGAUCUCGGCUCACUGCAGCCUCCACCUCCUGGGUUCAAGUGGUUCUCCUGCCUCAGCCUCCCUAUUAGCUGGGAUUACAGGUGCACACCACCACACCUGGCUAAUUUUUGUAUUUUUAGUAGAGACAGGGUUUCGCCAUGUUGAGACAGGGUUUCGCCAUGUUGACCAGGCUCGUAUCAAACCCUUGACCUCAGGUGAUCUGCCUGCCUCGACCUCCCAAAGUUCUGGGAUUACAGGCAUGAGCCACCAUGCCCAGCCAAUGUAACUGGUUUCUAAGAGUUUAGCCACAGUAGCUUCUAGAGAUAGGAAAUUAGAUUUAGUGGGUGGGAAGAGGCCCUGAUGUUGGUCUUUCCAGAGCUUAUAGUUCCUAACACUUUCCUUUGUAAAGAAGUUUACCUUUUGACUGGAACCAGAUGGCACUGAGAAGAAGAAUGAGAACCACCUUAUUCUUCUAAAAAAGACUUUCUUCUCAUCCAGUAAUUUGGGCUAAAAAAUGGAAAGAUGUUGAUGACUCGAAGUGGUGCAAGAAUGGACAAGUCAGGGAAGUCAUUGGGAACAUGGAUGAGGUUGUAAGCAUUGGUACAGUGUCCUGUUUUCCUGGCUUUUUUGAGAGAAAUGUCUAAUUUUCCUGUUUUCUCUUGGGGACUUUUGACCCUAGAGUAGCCCUGGUGUUAUAUUUUAGAUAUCCCAAGCUAUAUCAGACUUUUCCUGAAUAUACUGGAGUUACUUUUUAUCCCCCAUUCUAUACCCCAAUAAACUCAGUUUGGGGCUUCUUAAGUCACUUGUUUUAUUUCCUAUUCACUGGCAAGUAUUACUCAUCUGCACAUAACACCUCAAGACUGGAAGUUUCUCUCUUGCCAACAGAGUAAUUAGCAUCAGUUCUCUGGGUCUGCCACUCUGUCACACAUUUGCCUCAUGUCAUCCUUUUUUAUUUCUUUUUCUUUUUUCUUUUUUUUUUUGGAGACAGAGUCUUGCUCUGUUACCAAGGCUGGAAUGCAGUGGCAUUACCAUAGCUCUUUGCAGCCUCAGACUCCUGGGCUCAAGUGAUCCUUCCAUCUCAUCCUCUCAAGUAGUUGGGACUUACAGGUACAUACCACCAUGCCCAGCUAACUUUUUUUUUUUUUUUUUCUAGAGACAGGGCCUCCUUGUAUUGCCCAGGCUGGUCUCAAACUCCUGGGCUCAAGCAGUCCUCCCACCUCAGCCUGCCAGAGUGUUAGGAUUACAGGCAUGAGACACUGUGCCCAGCCAAUGUCAUCCUUUUCUCAUCAUACUCUCAGGAUUAGGACAUUUCCUGGGUAUUCAUUCCUACAAUCUUGCCAUGACUGUCUCUCGCACACAUAUUACAGCCCAUCACCCCAACACACAUAUACACAUUCUAUUGCCCACUCUAAUAGGGAUAAUUUUAGAAUUUCAUAUAUUCAUUGAAAACAGUACCUGUCAUACUACAGGUACUGUAUUUUGGCUUUGGGGAGAUUGAAAAGUGAAUAAGACAUGGUGUUUAUUCUUAGGAAGGGAAAUAAUAUUUAUGUAUUUGGAGAUACCUUUAUUGCAAGGUAUAAUAUGGAGUAAGAAAUACGAGAGAGGCUUCUGGUGCUAAGGAAAUAGAGUGAAAACAGCUCUCUUCCCUCUUGCGGCCAUCACUGAAGCAGGAGCGGCCAAAAUGAAGUUUAAUCCCUUUGUGACUUCCGACUGAAGCAAGAAUCGCAAAAGGCAUUUCAAUGCACCUUCCCACAUUCACAGGAAAAUUAUGUCUUCCCCUCUUUCCAAAGAGCUGAGACAGAAGUACAACGUGCAAUGCAUGCCCAUCCAAAAGGAUAAUGAAGUUCAGGUUGCAUGAGGACACUAUAAAGGUCAGCAAAUUGGCAAAGUAGUCCAGGUUUACAGGAAGAAAUAUGUUAUCUACAAUGAACGGGUGCAGUGGGAAAAAGCUAAUGGCACAACUGUCCACAUAGGCAUUCACCCUAGCAAGGUGGUCAUCACUAGGCUAAAACUGGACAAAGACCGCAAAAAGAUCCUUGAAUGGAAAGCCAAAUCUCGCGAAGUAGGAAAGGAAAAGGGCAAAUACAAGGAAGAAACAAUUGUGAAGAUGCAGGAAUAAAGUAAUCUUAUAUACAAGCUUUGAUUAAAACUUGAAACAAAGAAAAAAAAAGAAAUAGAGUGAAAAGAGAUCAUUUUGCUAAACGAUAGUGAAAAUAUUCUGAGUGAGAAUUUUUUGAAACAGAGCACAAGGCACUCAAGAUGGAAGGAACAACAGGACCAGAAGUUUGGAGGCAGAAAAGCCUAUGGGAUAUUUGAAGGUACCUUUGGGGAUUAGUAUAAAUUAAGUCUGGAAGGUAGAUUGAGAUAAGAUUAUAGGAGUAUUGUGGAUUUUUGUAGAUCUGAGUAUGAAUCCUGGAGCAGCCAUCAAAUUUUAUAUUGCAAGGGAAGCUAAACUUCUCUAAGCCUUAGUUUCUUCAUCUGUAAAAUGGAGAUAAUACCAAGUAUCCCAAAUUAAUAUUGAAGUUAAAAUGUUUGCAAAGUUAGAGGACUCACACAUCCCAAUUUCUUUUUUUUGUUGUUUGAGACAAGAGUCUCGGGCUCAAGUGAUCCUCCCACCUCAGCCUCCCUAGUAGCUGGGACCACAAGUGCAAGCCACCAUGCCCAGCCAAUUUUUGUAUUUUUUGUAGAGACAGCGUUUUGCCAUGUUGCCCAGGCUGGUCUUGAACUCCUGAGCUCAAGAGAUCCACCCUCCUCAGCCUCCCAAAGUGCUGGGAUUACAGACAUGAGCCACUGUGCCCGGCCCCCAGUUCCAAAACCUAUAAUCAUUAUGUACUUACCAGUUCAAUAUCCCUAAUCUGAAAACCCGAAAUGCUCCUGUGAGCAUAUCCUUUGAGUGUUCUGUCGGCACUCCAAAAGUUUCAGGUUUUGGAACAUUUUGGAUCUCAGUACUCAAAAAGCUUUGGAUUUUGGAGCAUUUUGAAUUUCAAAUUUUUUGAUUAGGGAUGCUCAACCUGUACGAAAUAGUAGUAGUCAAGACAAUGUGAUACUGGCAUAGAAUAGACAUAAGGUCAGUGCAAUAGAAUUGAGAAUUGUCUUAGUCUGCUUGGGCUGCUGUAACAAAAUACUGUAAACUGUGUGGCUUGUAAACAUCAAAUCUAUUUUCCACAUUUCUGGAAGCUGGAAAGUCCAAGAUCAAGGCACUAGCAGAUUUCGUGUCUGGGAAGGGCAUGUUCUUACUGUGGAAGGGGUGACUGAGCUCACUCUUUCCUCUUUUACAAGGACACUAAUCCCACUCAUGAGGGCUCUGCCCUCAUGACCUAAUAAUUUCCCAAAGAUCCCACCUCCUAAAGCCAGAGGUUAGGAUUUCAGCAUGUGAAUUUGUGUAUGUGUGGUGUAUGUAUGUGUAUGUGUUGGGGUGAAGGAGGCUCACAAAACAUUCAGACUGUAACAAGAAUAGCAGGGCAUGGUGGUUCAUGCCUGUAAUCCCAGCACUUUGGGAGGCCAAGGCAAGCAGAUCGUUUGAGCUCAGGAGCUUGAGACCACUGUGGGAAACAUCCCAAAACCCCCUCUCUAAAAAAAAUACAAAAAAAAUUAGCUGGGCAUGGUGACACAUACAUGUAGUCCUAGCUACUUGAGGGGCUGAGGUGAGAGGAUCGCUUGAGCCCAGGAGGUUGAGGCUGCAGUGAGCCAAGAUUGUGCCACUGCACUCCAGCCUGGGUGAAAAGUGAGAACCUGUCUCAAAAAAAAAAAAAAAAAAGAAAAGAAAAAAACCUUAACAUUUAUGGUCAAUUGAUUUUUGACAAGGGUA